AGAAAACAGAAACACGGGCAUUAGCAUCUCCAAUUAGAGGUCCGCGAUGGCAGUUUGAAUCUGAGCUCGAAGCAUUUCUCCGGCAAGUCCCAAGAACAGAAAACUAAAUCGCUGGUCCAGGAGAUCAAAAACAAAAAGGAGGAGUUGCCCAUUCCGGCCACACAAAGAAGUGUUUGCAGCCCUCACAAUUACUUGUUCGAGGUGGAGACAUCGAGCCGCAUAGACCUGCAAAAAGAAAGGGUUCCCCUUUGCCAAGUGCUUGACGCCGAAAGCCUGUACCGUUCUUCACCACCCUUUACAACUCCUCUGAAACUUUCUUCAGCAGGUCAUCAUGCGUGCAGAGAUGAGGGCUUCGGUCAAAGACACCAUGAUCUGUCUCUCCUUCGUAGCUUAGCAGAGUCCCCACCAUGUGAGCUGUAGCAUACCAUCUCUUCCUUUUCUCAACUUUCAAGCUUACCUGCAUGAGAUGCAAUCUGGCUGAGAGAGUUCCUCGGAUUAAUAGUCAUGGGUUUCUCUUUGGAAGCUUUUUAUGAACUGAAUCAUUCUUGAAUAUAUAAAUCCUAUGGACUUUUAGGUCACAGACACUUCGGAUCAGAAAUGCAAUCUUACUCUUUCCUGAUUUCAAUGUAAUAUUAAGCCUCAUUCUCUUUUGAUCAAACUACUCGUGAUCUACACUCCAUUCUUUAAACUCGUGUUCAGGCACCAUGUCCUGAUUACAAAAGUAUUACAUGAAUUGGCCUUUACCCUUUCCACAGUACAUUGCACACAGAAGUCAGUGGUGUUUCGUGGAGAAUUACCCCACAACAUUAGAAGCUCAAGCUCAGGAAGAUGCUUCAAUUCAGAGACCAAAGCAGGUGAUCAAUCACUGCUGGCGGUCAAGGCUGCAGUGAUAAGGAACAGACGCAGACCAACUGAACUUUGGAGAACGGCAGCAUCUCCCUCGUGCCCAAAAGCUUCACAGACCGACGACCCUCCUCACACUCGUGAGCUGUAUUCAAGAAAAAUAGAAGAUCAAAAGAGAGUCACGGGAGCAAAAAAGAAUCAUUUUUCAGUUCAUUAGAGUUAGUAAUGACCUUUUGGACAGAGCUUAAAAGAAACGAGAAGGCUUUGCACCCCGGAGGGUCUUCUACUAAAAGCUGACGAGCUGCACCAUUCCUAGGGUUCCACAAUGGGAGUCCCAGCCCUAGGAUCUUCCCCUCUUCUCAGAUUCCUCUCGAUUGAGGCGUGGAGGUGUGAUUCUUCGGCAGCUUAGCAGCGUCGAGGCUUCUGCUUCUGAUUUUGGUAGACGGAUUCGGAAAAAAGUAGGUUAAGAUAUGCUCAUGGCUUGUUUCUGUUGAUUAUGAAAAAAUUUGAACAAUCUACUGAAGAUAGUAAUCAGGAGAAGAUGGUGGGCAUACUGCAAUUCUUUGAUAUCGGACAAGCUUGCUCAUCCUGCAAGUCUUUGAUGCUUAGUAGCAGACGCAAUAAUGGUCUUGAAGCUCCUAGAAAUACCUUGGAGUUUCCCAUGAAAAUGUAUCAGAGUUUUCAAGUCGUUCAUGAGGAGAUUCUACAUGGAACUGAUACCGAAAGGUUGAUUGCUGAGGAGAUUCCACAGAUAACAAAGGAUCAAUGUAACAGACCAAGUGUUGUAGCCCGACUAAUGGGAAUGGAUGCGCUACCUUCAGACAUCAAGCCAUUGCUUUGUGCUGAGCAGUUGAAUGAUGAGAAGGGACCAAGAAAGGAGCCCAGCACUACCUCUAAUCAACAGGCCUCACUUGCCUUGAAAUCCAUGAGAUAUUCAAAUACGGAGUUAUUUCCUUGCAAUAUCAAACAAGAUUUUGAUCAGCACACCAGGAAGCUUGAGAUGAACAAACCACAGACAUGCGAACAUCCGCAAGAAGAAUUGCUGCAGAAGUUCAAAAGAGAAUUUGAGGCAUGGCAAGCAUCCAAGGUAUGGGAGAAGUCAGUGACCCUUGAACUGGGUAAUGAUCGUGAAAAGAAAAAAUAUACAAGCACACUUCCACAAGAAGGUGUCGAGAAAGAGAAAGUGUCCAGGCAUGUGGAUCACAAGAGAAGUUCAUUUGUAACGAAAACCACAGAGACCAGAUGGCAUGUUCCAACAGCUAGACCAAACAUGAAUCAGGAACAAGAUGAUCUUCUGAAAUAUGAGGCUUUUGCAAGUGAACAUAAUGAAAAUGCCCUAACAGAGGAGAAUUCUCCCAGGGACAACAGAAGAAGUAGUUUCUUCGCUCCCCAAUAUGAUCAUAGGAUGAAUAUGUCUGCUUCACCUCGAAGGAUAGUAAUUCUUAAACCUUGUUAUGAGAUGUACCAUAAAACUGAAGAGUCCUUAGGCUCACGAGUGAUGGUAGAUAAAGAAAAGAACAUGCAUGAUUUUCUUGAACAGGUAAAGGAAAGAUUGAUUGUUGAACUACAAUGGAAGCCUAGAUUUGAGACUGCAACUGAUUGGACUAGGCCUGAGGCUUUUGUCACUAAAGGAUUCGCUGAUUCUAAAUAUUUGGUACCAAAAUGUCUUAAGCAAAAUAGAGGCGAUUCUGAGGAUAACAAGGCUACCCUAAUGCGACCAAAAUCAACAAGGACAUAUAGAAAUGAAAUCCAACCUAGUGAAAAAGCUUACCCGGAGAUUAUCGACCAAGAAAUGAUAACACCAUUGUCAGAGAGGGUGAAGAAUGUCCUGAAGGAUGAAACAGAUAUAAGGUGUCCUUUUAAUUCCAGUAGUACGCUGACUAUGUCACUCUCAAGCAAAGAAGCAGAGAAAUUCAAUUUAAUUCAGCAAUUUGGCAAGAAGGUAACCUCCUGGGAUGAUACGAAAGCCCUAAUUGGAUCCAAAUCUUUUAAACAAGACCAGGGGCAUGCAUUUGAUGAUGGGGAGGAGUCUUCAAGAAAUCUUGUCAGAUCAUUUUCUGCUCCUGUUUCUGGAAUUGCUUUUGGGAAACUACUUUUAGAAGACAAGCAUUCAAUGACAUCAGUACUCACUUGUAGGAAACAUGAAGUAUCUCAAAAUGACUUAAUGGAAGCCAGGAAAAACAAGAAUGGUGCUUUUGACAUGAAAAGCAGAGUUACAUGUUUGAGACAGAAUUUCACAUUAAAGGAAAAGCUUUUCAGGAAGAGGAUCCAAUUGAUGGAUGAAUUAGCUGAAGAUGAAUUUCCAUCCAUGAAGACGACUGAAAACACACCAUCUGUUUUGAUGAACUUAGGGUUUGCACAGGAUAACUCAACUGAGGUGCCACCAAGCCCAGCAUCGGUGUGCUGCAGUUCACAUGAUGACAAUUGCAGGCCCUACUAUCCAAGUCCAGUAUCUCCACUGGAGGCACUUCUCCAUGAAGAUUAUCCUUCCUUGACAGCUUCUGGAGAACCAAAUCUUCCAGAAUCAAGUUUGUCAGAAGAAUUCGAGAAUGAUAGAUCUGGAGACGUAACAGAUGAAAUAAAACCAACCAAAGAUGAACUUCUCGAGUUGGAAAGCAAUGCAAAAGCUUAUGUAAGAGAGAUCCUCUUUAGGUCUGGCCUGUUCAACAGAAACCACUUUGAUCAGGUCCUUUGGGAGUCUGACACUCUAAUGAAACCAAUAUCUAUGUCGGUCUUUCGUGAAGUCAGAGGAAACAUAUCGAAGAAAUAGCAAGCUGGAAUGUAUGGCAUUCCUCGUACAUAAUGGCCAAACUGAUUUAGGUCAUAGAAUUCUAUUUGAUCUACUGAAUGAAGCAUUGCUGAGGGUUGUGCAGAAUUCAAAGCCUCACUCUACAGUCAAGAAAUGGUUUCCAGGCUGCAGAAGAUUACCGCAUGGAAACCAAAUCUUAGACAGUCUCUGGCAUCAGAUUCAACUCUACAUCAAUCCACAUGUGGAUGAAUCAUAUCCUACAAAAAGCAUCGUCGCCCAAGCUCUGAAUCGGACUCCCUGGUCUGGUAUGUUGCAAGACAACAUCGACGUGAUCUGUGUAGAGAUGGAGUUUUCGGUUGCGGAAAUUUUGAUCGAUGAGUUCGUGUGCGAUUUGUCAUAUUAAUUUAAUGUUUGGUGAACAAAAUCUUUUAUAGAGUGAAAUCUUGUUCUA